AUACAAAAAAGAAAAGGAAAAGGAAAAGAAAAAAGGUUAAGGGGAGAAAACCUGGCACGGCGACACCCACCAACGCACACACAAACUGCAAUGGCCGGAAAACCUGGUGCUGCGGCGCCCACAUAUUCGCCAUCGAUGACCGGUCAGCGGAAGAAGAGGCCCUCGAUUCAAAACGACUCUGAAUGGGUCCGACCCGACGGCCGCGGCCUCCACCAGUGCCGCCCUGCAUUUUUAAAGACCGGCGCAGUGAAUUCUGCCUCGGGGUCUGCUUAUGCAGAGUUCGGAAACACCAAGGUCAUUGUAUCUGUCUUUGGUCCCAGGGAAAGUAAGAAAGCUAUGAUGUAUAGUAAUGAUGGGCGGUUGAAUUGUAACGUCAGUUAUACAACUUUUGCUUCUCCUGUUCGUGGUCAGACUCCAGAAACUAAGGAUCUUUCGUCAAUGCUCCACAAAGCUCUGGAGGGUGCCAUUAUACUGAAAUCUUUCCCUAAGACGACUGUUGAUGUCUUUGCUUUGGUAUUGGAAUCUGGAGGAAGUGAUCUUCCAGUAAUCACGUCGUGUGCCAGUCUUGCUCUUGCAGAUGCAGGCAUUAUGUUGUAUGACAUGGUUGCCUCUGUUUCUGUGUCAUGUAUCGGGAAGAAUCUUCUCAUCGACCCUGUAUCAGAAGAAGAAAGCCAUCAAGAUGGGGGUCUUAUGAUCACUUGCAUGCCAUCGCGUAAUGAGGUCACGCAGAUGACUGUCACCGGAGAGUGGUCAACAACGAAGAUAAACGAGGCAAUGCAGUUAUGCCUUGAUGCUUGCUCCAAGCUGGGGAAGAUCAUGAGAUCAUGUCUGAAAGAAGCUGCUUCUGCUCCACAGGAUUAGGCACAGAAAAUUAUAUAAAUAUUUCAUUGUCAACAUAAAUUUUGCUGCUCUUUUGUUUUAGGUAAGAAAAUGUUUGCCCAGCAUCAUAGUUUUGUUCAAACCGUGAGUUUUGAUGAUGUUUGUGUCCUUUUCCUUUGACGAAGUCGGAUGGAAUUUGUCAAAGGUGGAUUUGCUGAUGCAUAUAGAUGAUCCAUUUCCUAAAUUUGCAGGCCAAAUAUACUAAUUUAUGUGAAGCCCUUAACUUUUCUGUUAA